UCGCAAACUGUGCAAGCUUGGCUUCCAGACACGCUACGGAACAGACGAAGAUUUCGCGGUUUUGGUGAGGAUGCUGCCUGCCUUGGCAUUUCUGCCACCUGCAGAGGUUCCAGAUGCCUUCGAGGACCUCGUGGCAUUGUUUUCAACGGACGCGAUGCCUCUUGCACUCUACUUCGAAGACACGUACAUCGGACGUCGUCGACGGAACGGAUUGUUGUCUGCUAUGUUCCCGACAAGUGUCUGGUCUGUCCACGCAUCUGUUCUGGAGGGCCUUCCGCGCACAAACAACGCCGCCGAAGCUUGGCACCGCAGCUUCCAGACAAACAUCAACUGCAGCAGGCCUAACCUAUGGUCAUUCCUGGGAUGCCUGCAGAGAGAGCAGUCUUUGCAAGAAAUGAAGAUCGCGCAGCUGGACGCUGGUCAACCCCCCUCCGGCAUGGCCGCAAAGUACCGGGUACUCAAUGAGCGCAUUUCACGAAUCUUGUACGAUCACGACGCAGCUCGGCCGCUCUCGACACUGAAAUGCAUCGCACGCAAUGUACGGCUGUAA